AUGGCGGACCCGUCCCUCGCCGCGUUCGAGCGCCGCGCGGCGGAGGCGGAGCGUCGCCUCGCCGCGCUCGAGCUCAAGCUCGCGUCCCCCGGCGGCGGCGGCGGCGGUGGCAGCGGCGGCGCGAGCGGCGGCGACCUGCGCGCGUACCAGAAGAAAGUCGUGGCGAUGCUGUAUGAUCUCCGCGCGGACCUGGGGCGCGCGCGCGCGACGACGAACGCCACGGAGCGACGCUGCAGAUCUCUGGAGAAAGACCUCGAGGAGGCGCGCGAUGUCAUCCAGCGCAAGGACUACCGGAUCCUGCACCUGUGCCGCGCGUACAGAGAGGCCGUGAAGGAGAAGUGGGACAACAUGCCCGAGCUCGAGCCCGAGCCGUCUAAUGAUGGCGUCGACCCCGCGACGUUGCCGGGGUACAAGCCGAGCGCGGCGGCGGCGGCGCUCAUGUCGGCGGAGGCGGCGGCGGCGAAGGAGGAGGAGGGGGAGAAGGAGGCGGCGUGA